CACUGAAAAUACACAGUACAUUCUAUUGACCUAUGGACAGCACCUUCCCCCAAGGCAUGAUCCAUCAACCAAAUUAUUCUUUAAAAAUUUGAAGAAAGACUGCUAAACUGAAUAAAAAACCAGGCCCAUGAUCAUGACAUUCUUGUUUAAAUUUUACCUACUUAUCAGUCGGUGAUUUAAAAGAGUGUGGUGGUGGUGGACCAAUGACUGCUGCAUUAAUAUAGGAGCCUAGUUGCCACCAAUGGAGGCCACAGCAUAUACGUGGAAUUAUUUCCGCCGCAGGGUGUGGCGCCUACUGUACCAGAGAGAUCUGCAACAUUACUGAGCCGUACCUCUCAAUAAGAAAAUUUAGAGUUUGCAUGCCGUAUAGAUUUGGUUAUUCGCUGCUUCUGUGACUUACGUGUGCUUGGAAUAAAAAUCUCACGCUGGAUUACCUACUUUUUCCGCUCCAUUCAUUCUCACCGACCUUUGAGAAUUUUCUCACAGCAAUUCUUGGAAACCAUUAAAUGCUAUCAACGGCCAUGUAUUUAAUCUUAACCUACACUGCUUCUACCACAACAAUGAACAGUUUUUUCCAGCUCUCUCAAUCUUCCUUCGCAAACGUUACUGAUCUCUCUGGAAUUAAAUUUCAAAUUCGUUUUGUAAAUGGGUGGAGAAGAUGACUGUGAAAUUAGCGAGGGAGAGAAAUGGGUGGAAAGGGGGCUGCGGAUUGCGGCGCUUCCUCUUUGCAUUGCAGCUCUGGUUUUGAUGAUCAAGAGCAAGGAGAUUAACGAUUAUGGAGCCCUUAAGUACAACCACAUUGCCGCUUUUAAGUAUUUGGCUUAUGCAAAUGGAAUAGGUGCUGGUUAUUCCGUGUUAUCAGCAUUUAAUUCUGCAGUUCCUCAAUCUCGCAGCUUAUCUAGAGCAUGGCUUGUUUUUUCUUUUGAUCAGGCAUUUGCAUACUUGAUAUUAGUAGCAGGAGCUGUAGCCACAGAAGUGUUGUACUUGGCACAUAAGGGUGAUGAGAAGAUCACAUGGUACCAAAUGUGUCCUUAUUAUGGAAGAUUUUGCAACAAAUUAGGGGCCUCCCUAAUUUUAAGCUUUGUGGGUUGUGUAUGUUUUGUUAUACUAUCACUUAUUUCAGCCCACAGGGUCUUUAGUAAUUAUGAUCCUCCACGUCUUUACAAGGAAGACCAGUAAGUCAACACCCGAAGUAAAAUGAAUACCAAACCAGGUAAAGAUAGAGAAUGCAAAAGGUAUUCGACCUUGUAAAUUUUCAUAAUUGUCUAAACAGGCAAUAAAUAACAAUAUUCCAUGCUGAACUGAUUCACUUUGAGAACUUUUAUAUGUUUUCUCUGAUUCGUAGUUCAAUUUAAGUUUGUGAGGUAAGCAUCAUGCCACUUUUGAUGAGGGUCACUGCCCCCCUGUUACAAAUUAUCAUGGAAACUUGGUUUGGAGUUAUGAAUGUAAGAAAAUCAUAUUGGGUUCA